UGUGCUCAUUUUUAUUUUGUGUCCACAUGUAUGCAGGAGGCAAUUGUUAUUGAGUUGAAACGAAUGAAUGAUGACAUGUUGGAAAAUCAGAAAGACGGUGGUAGCCCUUUGAAGGAGUCUGAGUCAUUUAAAAAGCAAUAUGCUGCUGUGCUUAUACAGUUGAAUGAAGCCAAUGAACAGGUUACAUUAGCUUUACAUUGCUUGAGAGAACGGAACACUUACCAAGGAAAAUUUCUGCUGACAUCAACGAGACCAGUAGGGCAUCUUGCUGAUCCCGGUGGCACACUAAAUUCUGCUUGCCAAUCUCAUGAUGUAGGAUCACAAAUGAAUGAAAUCAUGGAUAGCUCGAGAUCAAAAGCACGAAUGAUGGUAAAUGCUGCUGUGCAGGCAAUCACCUCACUUGAGAGUCAGAAGGAUACCUUAGAGAAAAUUGAGGAAGCUAUAGAUUACGUAAAUGACCAGCUUCCCUUGGAUGACACCUGCCUGCCUAAAGCAACUGAUCCUAAACUGACGAAUGCAUCUGACGACACCCGAAUCCCUUCUGAGUUGAUCACAAAAUGUGUGGCGACUCUACUUAUGAUUCAG